AUGGAAGGAGAAAGAUUUUUCUUGCGUUUGUUGUUGGAUCAUGUUAAAGGCCCCGAAUUAUUUGAGCAUCUACGUACUGUCAAUGGGAUUGUUUUUUCUACUUUUAGAGAAGCAGCUGAAAAACUAGAUCUCAUGGAGAAUGAUGCAAGCAUUCGUGAUUGUUUUUGUGAAGCAUCAAACUCUAAGAUGCCAUCAUCAUUGAGAAGAGUGUUUGUCACUUUAUUGGUUUAUUGUCAACCAACUGGGGUUCGAUCUUUAUGGGAUGAAUUUUAUCAUUACAUGGCUGAAGACUACUUAUAUUCAACUUCAACAAAUCUAGAACUGGUACGUGAUUCAGUUCUCUAUGAUAUAGAUCGCAUGUUAAAACAAUUAGGAAAGAGUGUCAAUGACUUCGACUUACCUAAAAUAAACAUGCGAUUGGAUGGAAAUGCACAAGUAGCUAGAGCCAUACAUGAUGAAUUAUCAGCACCAGUGCCCCCUGAAGACGUGCAUUGUGCGGAGCAUCUUAAUGACGACCAACGGUCUUCAUUUGAUAUCAUAAUAGAAGCUAUUGAUGCAGAGAAUGGUCGAAUUUUCUUUAUAGAUGGUCCAGGUGGGACAGGUAAGACUUAUCUAUAUCAAGCCAUACUUGCAACAGUCAAGCUUAGAGGGAAAUUUGGAUUACCAGUAGCCAGCUCAGGUAUUGCUGCCACACUAUUGCAUCGAGGAAAAACCACUCAUAAAACUCUUGAUAUUCCGGUUACGCUGCAUGCUUCGUCAACUUGGAAGUUUAGUAAACAAGAUGUAGAGGCGCAAUUGGUCAAGUAUGCAGCUGUCAUUAUAUGGGAUGAAGCAACAAUGACUCAUCGACAUGCGUAUGAAGCAAUUGAUCGUAGUUUAAGAGAUCUAACAGGGGUUGAUGUUCCAUUUGGCGGCAAAGUCGUAGUGUUUGGUGGAGAUUUUAGACAAAUUUUACCCGUUGUACCAAAAGGAACAAAGGCUCAAACUAUAGAUGCGUGUUUGGUCAGGUCAACACUAUGGAGACAUGUUCAGCUACUCCAUCUCACUCAAAAUAUGAGAUCGAUACAGGAUCCUGAAUUUGCAGCCUUUCUUUUAAGAGUUGGAGAUGGAUGUGAGCCUACAGUUGAUGAAGACAUGAUAAAGUUACCAUCUUCAAUAUGUGCAGGAAAUGGUGAUAAUAUUUCAGUUGAUAAUCUUAUCCAUCAAAUAUUCCCAAACCUCACUGAGCACGUAGGUGAUGUGUCAUACAUGGUACAAAGAGCUAUAAUAACACCAACAAAUGACGAAGUUGACAUGCCUAAUGAGAAGAUACUUACUGAGUUUGUCGGAGAAGAAAAAACCUACUACUCAUGUGACACUGUUCCAGAAGAUCGUCAAAAUCUCUAUCAACAAGAGUUCUUGAAUUCAUUAUCCUUUGGUGGUUUGCCACCACAUAUUCUUAAGCUAAAAGUUGGCUCUCCAAUCAUGCUUUUGAGAAAUAUUGAUACAAACAGUGGGUUGUGUAAUGGGACAAGGUUAAUACGUAGUCGGUUAAGGGAUCAUGUGAUUGAGGCAGAAAUUUUGACCGGAAGUCAUAAAGGGACACGAGUGUUCAUUCCACGUAUUCCUUUAAAAACGGUAGAAGAUGUGAAGUUGCCAUUUGAAAUGAUCCGGAAACAAUUUCCUGUGAAAUUGUGUUUUGCUUUGACCAUAAACAAAUCGCAGGGGCAAACCAUUCCUCAUGUUGGUAUAUAUCUCCCCCAACAUGUUUUCAGCCAUGGACAGUUAUAUGUUGCACUAUCGAGAGGGACCUCACAAGAAACAACCAGAGUUUUGGGUCUGCUAGAAGCAUUUGAAGCUGUGGUCUCCAAAGCUGAGCUUAGCUUAGGUGAACUUUUUGAGUUUGAGGUUGCUAUGGAGAGCAUCAAUUUCCUGGAUGAAAAAGCAUAUCAGUGGAUGUCUAACAUUGCCCCCCAUCACUGGUCAAGGCAUGCUUUCUCUACAAACUACAAGUCUAACAUGUUAAACAACAUGUGUGAGACAUUUAUUGUAGUGAUUAGAGAUGCCAGAGACAAGCUUAUUCCCACUCAAAUGCCAGAGACAUACUUGGCUGCAUAUGAGAACCCCAUCAAGCCAAUGCCUAGCGCUAAACAUUAG